CACACUGUGCGUCAGAUUACUUCCACACCGCUUUUGCGACAUGCAGCACAAGACACGAAUGCAAAUCAGUCUAAAGAAGAGGACUGCAAGACAUGAAUAAAAAAACUACUCUGAAAUUAAAAUGGCCGUUUUGGCAAAUCACAAACUUUGGGAAUCUGUGGAUUAUUGCAGAAGAUUGAUACUUUUACACCUGGAGAAGCAGGACAGAAUGACAGACAGACUCAUGACAUGCUAACUACGGGUGGAAGAUUGCAGAGAUGGAUUCGCUGUACAUCGCUAUUGAAUUGGUGAUCGCUGUCGUGUCAAUCGUCGGCAAUGUGCUGGUGUGUUGGGCUGUGGCCAUCAAUUCAACCCUCAAAAAUGCCACCAAUUAUUUUUUGGUAUCGCUGGCCGUGGCAGAUAUUUUGGUUGGUUGUCUUGCCAUCCCUUUUGCCAUCACUAUAAGCAUUGGUCUGGAGUCAGACUUUUAUGGAUGCCUUUUCUUGGCGUGUUUUGUUCUGGUACUGACUCAGAGUUCAAUAUUUAGUCUCCUGGCUGUUGCCAUCGACAGAUAUCUGGCUGUCAAAAUACCCCUGAGGUAUAAAGAGCUUGUCACAGGGAAGAGAGCAAGAGAGAUAAUCACCAUUUUAUGGAUAUUAUCUUUUAUCAUUGGACUCAUCCCAUUUGUGGGAUGGAACAAAAGAUACACAUCAUGUUCCAGAAAUGAAAGCAACUCUAUACAGACUACCAACACUAGCAAUGUCGCUGAGAUGGAAAUUGGCUUCUUGCAAAGCUGUUGCCUCACGUGCUUGUUUGAGAACGUGGUGGACAUGAGCUACAUGGUGUACUUCAACUUCUUUGGUUGCGUGCUACCGCCUCUGCUCAUCAUGCUGGGCAUUUACGUGAAGAUCUUCACUGUGGCGCGCAAACAGCUGCGUCAGAUCGAGCUCAAAUGCAGCGUGAGCAAUGGCGAGAAUCAGCACCACGGCUUGCUGCAGCGGGAGAUUCGUGCUGCUAAAUUGCUAUCCAUCAUCGUGGGAUUGUUCGCUCUCUGCUGGCUGCCCGUACACAUCUUGAACUGCCUCACUCUCUUCUACAGCCACCUCAAGAAGCCAGGCUUCAUCAUGAACAUUGCCAUCAUCCUGUCACAUGCCAACUCCGCCAUCAAUCCCAUCAUCUACGCCUACCGUAUUCAGGAGUUCAGAGUCACCUUCAGGAAGAUUUUGAAACGACAUUUCCUUUGUCGGCAGGAUGAGUUUUAUCUCGGCUCCAAUGGAAGUAGCAGACACAGAGAUCAGAUUACAAUGACCAUUGACCCUCUACUAUAGUUAAAGUUCUUUGUUGAAAUAUAUGGAGAGAUAUGUUUACAGACCAAAGAACUGCAAACAGUCUAACUAUGUAUUUUCAACAUGUCAAAAGUUGUGGCCCACAAUUAAUGAAAAGUGUCUGGACAUAUUCAUGAUUUAUGAUUAACGUCAAACUGUGAAAAAACUGUGAAAUAUUUAUGAAUUACAUUUGAACUUUCAAAUCUGAACAAGCACUAACAAACUUGUGCAAGGGCCUUAUCCCAAGCCUUAGCGUAGAAAUACAAGCGAAGAGUGGUUACUGUGCCUCUGUAACUGCUAAACUCAACCAUGUAGAGCCUACAUACAAAACAACAAUUAAACAAUAGGAAUAUCUGCUUUAGUGGGCAGCUUUGACAAUUAAAUACCAGAAUAGCCCAGAAGAACAAUCAAAAUAUAAAUGGCUGAAUAAGAGGGGAAACUCAAAGAAACAGCUUUCAUCACGACCACUGUUAUAUUAAUAAGUGUUGUUUUAAGUAACAUGCUUGAAUGUAUUAGGAUAUUUUGAUGCUUUUGUAUAAUUAAAAUGGUUGAUUUAGAAUGCUCAGGAAUACACACGAGGUAAAGUCAUAAUAACAUUGGUUGUCCACUCUUCUAUUUCUGACAAUUUCACAAUGAUCCUGAAAACAGAUUUUUCAGCAAAUACCUCCCACAGAUUUACUGCAUUCAAAUAUACAGAUAACAUGUAGGUUGACCCCAGUAAGUGUUCAGGCACUUAAGCAACACUUAAAAGGGAGAGUUCACCCAAAAAUGAAAAUCUCAUAAUUUGCUCUCCCUCAUGCCAUCCCAGAUGUGUAUGACUUAUUUUCUUUGCUGAAUACAAAUGAAGAAUGUUAGAAGAAUAUCUCAGCUCUGUAGGUCCAUUCAAUGCAAGUGAAUGUUAAUCAGGCCUUUGAAGCUCCAUAAAGCACAUAAAGGCAGCAUAAAUAAUUCAUACAACUCCAGCAAUUAAACCUGUCAUUUAUAGUGUCAUUGUUGUUGUAGUGCGACUAGUGUUAAUUUCACCAGGAAGCAGUUGUGAUAUGUACAACGAGCCACGUAAAACUCAUUUAGCCAAAAUGUAGGUGUUGUAUGAGACCAGAUGUAAUUUCUCCUCAAGUUCACACUGGUUUGACAACCAAAAAGUCUUGAGCAGGAUAUCUAUUAUAUAGUUUAUAACCAAACAAAUUUCCAUUUUGCUUGAGCUGUCUUGCUUUAAAAUAAAUGCCACCUAGGUUAAUUUAUUAUCUAAUGUAAUCAAAUAUAUUUUUGACUGUGGCUUGAGUACCCAAAUACUUUUUAGGUCUACUGUAUUUUGUAGACACUCAUUCUCACUGUCCCUCUUUUUUAAAAAAAAAACCUGUUUACCACAUGACCAUUACAUUCUCUUUCAUGCCAACACUCAUAUUCCCACUGUCCCCAGAUGUGAUGGUGCAGCACACUGUGAUGUCUGACUGCCCUGCUAAUGUGUCACAGCCCUUCCGACUCAGUUUGUCAUUGAAUGUCUUGAUUGUGACAAAUCACCCAGACCAAAACUAGAGCAGCUGACCCAGAGCAAAGACUGUCUCCCCUAGAGAGAUUUACAGUGUCACUACUUGAGCUAGCUAGUUUAUAACACUCUACACGUCAGUACUGUAACUUCAUUCUUUUAAUCACUGAUUAUCACCUUUACAGUAUAUCUUCUAUGCAGAGCAAAUCUGAGACUUGGUUUUCAUUCAUUGAUGCCUUUACAUGCCCAAACUGGCCAUUGUUUCUGUAUAUUAUUUAGGCUACACUCUGUGCUUAAACAAAUAUGGUUAUAAAAUAAAUUCUUAAAAGAGUCUGAGCCAAGUCAACGCAGUAAGUGCACAUGUGUCUGAUAGAUUUGCAUCUUGCUUCCAACAUGUCCCAACAUGUCUCUUUCCACUAUAUGUAUUUUUUUUUUCAAUAAAAGAGGCAAAAAGUCCACCCUCAGAAAAACUCAGAGAACAAUACAAAUGGUGUGAGGUAAUAUUAAAAGGUAUACAUCACACAAAAAUAAAAAGUCUCUCAUUUACUCACCCUCAUGUUAUCCUAGAUGUGUAUGACUUUCUUUCUUCUGCUGAACACUAAUGAAGAUUUUUAGAAGAAUAUCUCAGCUCUGUAGGUUCAUACAAAGCAAGUGAAUGGUGAGCAGAAAGGUACAAAAAGGCAGCAUAAAAGUAAUCAAUAAGACUCCAGUGUUUAAAUACAUAUCUUGAGAAGCGAUAUGUUAAGUAUGGGUGAGAAACCGAUCAAUGUUUACGUCCUUUUUUUACUAUAAAUUCUCCUCCUUGCCCAGUAGGUGGUGAUAUGCACGAAGAAUGUGACUUGACAAAAACAAAAGAAGAAUGUAAAAGUUAAAGUGGAGAUUUAUAGGGGGAAAAUUACUUAAAUAUUGAACUGUUUCUCAGAUUUAACCACUGGAGUCUUUUGGAUUCAUUUUAUGCUGCCUUUAUAUGCUUUUUGGAGCUCUGGCCAACAUUCACCUGCAUUGUAUGGACCUAUAGAGCGGAGAUAUUUUUCUAGAAAUCUUCGUUUGUGUUCUGCAGAAAUCAUAAAACCGUGUCCUAACCAGGUACCAGCCAUGAACAUUAGAGGAAAAGAACCGCAGGACAUUUGGUCGGUUAUUUGGUUUCCAUUUCAGUCUCAUAUUUGUAUUAAACAUCUAUUAUGUUAGAAUUGGCUCAGAUUGUGUGCCAUUGGGCAGCAGUUUUUGCUUUUAUUGUGGACAGACAAAUUGCAUGUCGCUGGAAACUGGUUAGGACACUGUGACGUGGAUUUCACUUAAAAACCCAAAUAAUAUCCACUUUAGAUACCUCACAGAUGCACUGAUGUGUUUGUCCCUGACAGUGACAUGUUCUCCCCAGUAAAAUGAUUUUUGUAUUUAUUGAACAGAGUGCUUUAGACAGACGUUAGAUGUUUUUUAAGCAGUAUUUUUCUCCUCUGUAGCCUCUAUAUUGCAUAAAUGGACAGAUAUUUGCUUUGUUACUAUUUGUAAGGGCUAAACUACAGGAGUGUGCCAGAUAACUUGGACAUUCCAAUGGAGACGAAUCUGUACUGCACUGUACAUGCUGAUGUUUUAUUCCUUUAUCGAUAUGAAUACUUGUCUGUUAAGCAGUAAAACAGAAAGGCCUUUUUUUAAAUCAGUCAAGUGUACCUGAACGUCAUUAAUCAUCCUGCCUUUGGAAACAGAAAAUAAUCUGUGCUUUUAAAUGUGCAUGUUCUUCGUGUGCAUAUUUGUUGCUAAUCUGCGUACACUGUGAUGUUUUCCUAUAAGUGUUGAGAAAAAUUGUUUUACGUCAAACAACUUACGCAUCAAAUGGAGUCUUGUUAUUUAACAUGAAUAAAUAUCUAUGUACGGUGAACUAUUUUGUUAAUA